AUGGCUCUUCUACAACCUUUCCUCACCCCGACGUCGACCAGACACGACGACAAGCUCUCACACAGGGUCGUCACCAACGCACGGCGGAAGUUGACUCUGCCGGAGCGGAUCCCCCGUGGCGCGUGGGACUCACACAUGCACGUCGUCGACCCUGCCGCAUAUCCCUUGGCGAAGGAUGCCGUAUACUGCCCCAAGACGCACCGGCUCGACCACGCCCUCUCGUUCGAGUCGUCCGUCGGCAUCGACAACAUCGUCCUCGUCCAGCCCUCCAUCUACGGCUACGACAACACGUGCCUACUCGACGCCCUGCGUGCCCUCGGCCCCCGCCGCGGCCGGGCCGUCGUGGCCUUCGAACCGGGCAGCCUGUCCGAGAGCACCCGCAGGGAGUGGCACAAGCUCGGUGUAAGAGGCGUGCGCAUCAACCUGUCCUCCGUCGGCAAGUCCCUCGACGCCCGGGAGCUCCGUGAGCUGCUGCACCGCUACGCCCGCGACUGUAAGCCCCUGGACUGGGUCAUCCAGCUGUACAUGCCCAUGUCCAUGAUCGAGCUGCUGGAGCCCGUCGUCCCGACGCUCGGCGUCCGCGUCUGCAUCGACCACCUCGGCCACCCGUGCGUCAAGGACAUGCCGUCGGAGGACCCGUACGACAUGCCGGGCUUCGCUUCCCUGGCGAAGCUGCUGCGGGCUGGCAACACGUACGUCAAGCUGUCGGCGCCGUACCGUCUGAGCACCCGGGCCGACCACAGCGACCUGGAGCCCAUCGCGCGGGAGGUCCUGCGUCUACGGGGCAGGGACCGCGUCAUAUUCGCGACGGACUGGCCGCACACCCGGUUCGAGGGGCUGGACAUCCGGCCGUGGAUGGAGACGGUCCUCGACUGGUGCGGCAAGGACGACGUCCUGACCGACAGGCUGUUCAGGGGCAACGCGGAGGACCUGUGGAAUGCCCGGUGUGAGAGAUGA